GAAAACAUUUUAAAAUCUGAAAGGAACUUGGGAAGUUUACUUUGGAGGAAAUUUGAUGAAACAAUUAAAAAAUUGCAAUUUUUGAAAGUUACGAGCAUUUUUUGGAAAUAUUUUAUACACAAUCAAUUGUCCACCAUAAAAAUAAUUUCUUCGGAAUCGAAACCAAUUCAUUCCUAUUCAGAAUUUUACCAGAAAUCGAUGUUAUGCUUAAAAAACCCGGUUUUCAAAACUUCAAAGAAUUUCAGUUAUUUAUUUAUAAACAGCAAAUGUUAAAAAAAAAUAAUUCUGUGCAAAACGGAAUUUGAAUGACGUUGAACAUCCAUGAUUUUCUUAAAAUCUUUCUCACGCAAUUUAACUGACAAAUUUGAUGAUUGAACCUGUAAAAGAUACUUGGACAUCCUCAAUGCGGUUUUCUUGGGGGAUUUUUUAAUGCUGCUUGAGGGAUAUCUACUUACACAUUCUGAUGACUCCAUCUUUGAAUUUUCAUGGCGAAAAUCUGUCAAGUGAACAUCGCUCUAACCCUGAAAUAAAUAUCACUCGAUUGACCACAAUUACCAAAUCAAUGCAUUCAUUUAAAUUCCCUGCAAUUUUGAUUCACUCCUGACAUGAUUCCCAGUCGUCCGAGGAUUUUGUCGCUGACUGCAAAUCAAUACGUCUCUAUAGCCACGAUAAAUCGGGUUCAAGAAUACAAGGAUUCUUUGAAGACAAAGGCUGAGCAGCUCCUCCUGAAGGGAUUCCCUGAGAAAAUUGUCAAGCUCAAUGAACUCCUGGAGAGCCCGAACUUCUGCAAUCGAAAUUUGACUGAGGUUCACCAGGAGCUCAAUGUACCCAUUCCAGAUCCAAUCGCUAUCAAUCAUUCCGAAGAUGGACACCGGCACAAGAGGAUUAAGCUAGAACCAGUGGAAAAUAGUGCUGAUGAUGCGUCGGGUACGGAAGUCUUGGCUUUGCCCACUGGACCGAUACCCUGCAACAAACCACUUUGUGAUAUCGUUCGCAUAGUUAAACCGUAUAUUAUCCAACUACUAGAAGACUCCAAUUUGUUGAAAAUGUGGAUUUCCUUCAUGAUCCCCAAAAUCGAGGAUGGUAACAAUUUCGGUGUUUCAAUCCAAGAGGACACCCUAGCUGAAAUUCAAUCAGUUGAGAGUGAAGCUGCUGCAUUCUUCGAUCAAAUCUCUAGGUACUUCGUGUCGAGAGGGAAAAUCCUCAGUAAAGUCGCUAAAUACCCACACAUCCUGGACUACAGACGAGCAGUCCAAGAGAUGGAUGAGAAGGAAUACACCAGUCUCUGGCUGGUGAUGAGUGAAGUACGCAACCGUUACUGCUCCCUUCACGACUUGGUCAUCAAAAACCUCGAGAAGAUCAAACGACCCCGGUCGUCCAACGCCGAAUCUUUGUACUAACAAUCUCCCCCAAUUGUUUGCUUAACUACUGUGGUGACAGUGGAGGCGACUCGUCGAAGUCCAGAGCCAUCAUCCAGACCUUCAUGUGACGCUGAAUGCUGUUGACAAACUCAUACGUUCCAAUCUUGUAAAAACGUCUUUGAAUAAUCUUCAUUCUUAUUCGAACUUCUCUUUUCAUCCAUUCAAACCAUUUUAUUUAUUACGUUAUGCUACAACUGCUUCGUUAAGAUUCAAUUCUUCUUCACUUUACCUAGGAACGUAUUCAGCAUCUCUUAUCAAAAUAUACAUCACCGGUUCAAUUGUCAGCCCUCCAGACUACUGUAUAGGCAUCCAAAUACUAAAAUCAAUGCAUUGAAAUUUAAUAUCAGUUGUAGUUCCAUCGAAUUUUGAAUAAAUCAUUGGUUUAAGGUUUUCUGUACUGUAAAACUCCUGCUUAUAUAUUUAUUUUCAUCAUACCCUGAGAGGAGUCAAAAUCAACAAGUGAAAAUUGUAUGAAUUGUUCUACUCGAACAUAAAAAAUUUCCAUACAUGAAUAAUAAAGGUAAUUUAUACCCGA